AUGUCACAAGCUGGAGAACAACAGGCCGACAAAGGAGCGGUCGAAACAUCGCAGACCCACGAAUCGCAGUCCGAUGAGAGACUGCCCGAGGAACCGCAGACCGACAAACCACAGUCUGAAGAAUCGCAGACCAAUGAAGCACAGAACGAUGAAGCACAACCUGCCGAAGUGGAGAGCAAGGGAGCACAACCUGCCGAAGUGCAGAGCGAGGGAGCACAACCUGCCGAAGUGCAGAGCGAGGGAGCACAACCUGCAGAAGUGGAGACCAAGGGAGUACAGGCCGACCAACGAAAAGCAGAAGAAGAGCGUAUCGAGCGCGAGAGGGCCAGCGGAAAUAAACUCUGGAGCGCCUACAUCACCGAGGCGCAAAACUACGAUCAGGGACUCCUCGAAGGCUGGCGCAGCGAGAUGGAUGGUCUGCUGAUCUUUGCCGGUCUUUUCUCGGGCGUUAUCACGACUUUCAUAAUCGAUAGCUACAAAACGCUCAACCCUGAUUCGGGCAGUCAGACAGUCGUACUGCUCACCCAAACCGUUGCACUUCUCGGCCAGAUCUCGCUCCAACUCGCAAACAUGAACAAUGGAACGGCGAUGGUGGAUGCACUGCCUCCCACCGCUGCGUUCUCGCCCCCGGCAUCCUCCCUCGUCUGCAAUGUGCUCUGGUUCACCAGCCUUGCACUCAGCUUGUCGAGCGCACUCGUCGCCACUCUCGUCAAGCAGUGGGCGCAGGAGUACCAGCACCGGACGUCCAUGUUCUCGUCUCCCUCUGUCCGCGCGCGUGUGUACAUGUAUCUCUUCCACGGCUUACAACGCUUCAAUAUGCAUGCCGUUGUCGGUGUUCCCCCGCUUCUGCUGCACGCUUCACUGCUCCUGUUCUUCGCGGGUCUCGUUGCCUUUCUCGUGCCCAUCAAUAUCAUGAUCAUGGGAAUCACCUCUGCUCUGCUGUUCCUGUUUGUCUCCGUCUACGGAACGUUCUCCGCCCUUCCGCUGUUCUUCGUCGACUGUCCAUACCAGACGCCACUCACACGGAUCCUCUGGUCGCUGAAUCAGAGCUGGGGAAGCAUGCUGAGGGCUUAUAUUCGGAGAGCAAUGGCUAGUUGCAAGGCGUUCAUCCGAACCAAAGUCGCCGUGCCAGACCCCGAGAAAGCCACGGAAUCUGCUGUGACGAGUCCUGACGUCUCUGGCGAGGUUUUCGCCCGUGAAGACACGCAUCCGGAGUCACAAAGCAUGUUGGACGCCAUCAAAUCAGAAGCACUGCAUCCUCCUGUCAAGAUAGAGACGCACGCACUCGCGUGGGCCGUCCGGUCUCUCUCUGACGACGAGGAACUCGAGAAACUUGUCGAGGGGCUCCCCCAGACGCUGUGGGAUUUUGAUAAAGACCAGCCCCGCGGCGUGUAUCAGACACUGUUUCAGUCCCUGUUACGUGAUCCAGAAGUCCAUCUGGGCCAGCGUCUUGCCGAUUUCAUGGCUGGCUCCAACAGCAAUCUGCUCGAGCCCAAGGACCGCCUUCGCCGCCAGCUGUCUGUGCUCCGGGCCAUCUGGGCCAUCUGCGCGUUCUCGCUUCACACAGAUUCGCCUCUGCAAAGUCCCAUCGGAGAGGCCGACGUGGACAACGCGCUGCUCGGCUCCAAGUUCCAUGCUUCUCCUGACGUGCAGAGCAUGAUCCUUGACGUGACCGCUUUGAUCCGUCUGAACAUGAUCGAGUCUCGGAGCCGGGAGCGGGCCCCCACACAGCCGAGCAACUCUGACGCCGAAGCGGAGAAGCGACGGCACGCAGACAUGCAUCGCACGUACACGGAUUAUCUGGUGGCACUUUCCAAAAGCGCUGCCAGCUUCCAACGGGAUGCGACCUGUUCACUCUUUGAUCGGUCACAAAUGCGGUUCACGGAAGCACACGGCUACGACACUCUGCAAUACGCUCUCCACGAGUUGAUCGAUUCCGCGUUGGACAAGACGGCGGACGAGACAGCGGAAAACGUCGUCUUUGCUGCUCGCCUGUUGAUCAGCCCGUUUGCCCACACAUCGGAAUAUCCUAUUUUGUUCCUGUUGCGUGUUGAUCUUGGGCCUUUCCUUGUCCGCCAUCCGUCCCUCACCGUCUCUGACCCGAAAUCCGACUCGAAGCAUCAUUACACCCGGUUACUGUGCCACAUGCUAUGCAGGAACUUGAAGAACAAAGAAAAUCCCCAGGAAUCUGUCGACGCCCUCGAGCUCAUUUAUCGGACAUUGCUCGAGUCCGAUAAGCCACCAAAAGACUUGGAAACCCAUCUUCUGGUCCUCCGCAAUCUGCGGGCCGAGGCACCCGACAUCCGCACACACCGUUUGGCUGCCAUCGUCCUGUCUGUCGUGCUCUGCAGUUGCAAUGAUUCAUUAGAACGGGAGAAAAUGCAGAGUAUCUUCGGCAACGAGGGUUGGUUCCGCUCCGUGCUCGGCCUUGACAACGAUGGACUGACGGAGCAGGCAUCGGCUGAGCAAAUUUACGAAUGUGUCCGUGUGGGUGUUUGGACCACUUUCUUUGAGCAGUGUGCCGCCCGGAGUCCGGAUCAAACAGAGCGGGACGCGGACUGGGAGACGCUUCGAUUGGUGGGACGCCACGCAGGCAGGUUGAUUCGUUCUGUGAUCCCGACUGGACUGCAACGCCGAUAUGCCGACGCCGCUUCUGCAUUCAUGCGCAAAUAUCCAGAAAACUGUCUUGCGGAUCUGGAUGGGCUCUUCUGGGUGCUUUUCUGGGCCGUCCAUGAGAGGGACGGGUGGAUGACCGAUGUGGAUGCAUUGCGUGUCCUGGACGUGGCUGUGUCAGAGGUGCAGACGGACGAUCAGCAGGAAUCACACCGGGACUAUGCUCAAUGGAUCCGCAGAUACCUGCAGAAGCGGCUCGAGUCUGUCCCCCUCGGCAGUGACGGGGAGUAG